ACUGAGCUCUCCGUAACAGGAGCACUGAGGGCUAGAAGGUUUAAAAUAGAUGUCAUAUGAUACCAAUUAUAACUCAGUGAAAUUUUGCAGUCCCAAGAACCUGUACAGAAUAUAAGCCAAAAUGGAAGAGGGUCCUGUUUUCUAUGGCUUUAAAAAUAUUUUUAUUACAAUGUUUGCUACUUUUCUUUUCUUGAAGCUUUUAAUUAAAGUUUUUCUGGCUCUCUUAACACAUUUCUAUAUCGUCAAAGGAAACAGAAAAGAGGCGGCAAGGAUAGCAGAGGAGAUCUAUGGUGGAAUUUCAGACUGCUGGGCUGAUCGAUCCCCACUUCAUGAAGCUGCGGCCCAGGGGCGCUUACUGGCCCUUAAAACUUUAAUUGCACAGGGUGUCAAUGUGAACCUCGUGACUAUUAACCGGGUCUCUUCUCUCCACGAGGCGUGCCUUGGAGGUCACGUAGCCUGCACUAAAGCCUUGCUGGAAAAUGGUGCACACGUCAAUGGAGUGACGGUUCACGGAGCCACGCCCCUUUUCAAUGCUUGCUGCAGUGGCAGUGCCGCGUGUGUCAACGUGCUGCUGGAGUUUGGAGCCAAGGCCCAGCUCGAGGUGCACCUGGCUUCCCCCAUCCAUGAGGCAGUGAAGAGAGGUCAUCGAGAGUGCAUGGAGGUUCUGCUGGCAAAUAACGUUAACAUUGACCAAGAAGUGCCUCAGCUCGGAACGCCCCUGUAUGUGGCCUGCACCCACCAAAGGGUAGACUGUGUGAAGAAACUUCUAGAGUUAGGAGCCAAUGUUGACCACGGCCAAUGGCUGGACACCCCCCUCCAUGCUGCAGCAAGGCAGUCCAGUGGGGAAGUCAUCCACCUGCUGACAGACUACGGAGCUAACCUCAAGUGCAGAAAUGCUCAGGGCAAAAGUGCACUUGAUCUGGCGGCCCACAAUAGCAGUGUGGAGCAGGCGCUCCUGCUGCGUGAAGGCCCGCCUACUCUUUCCCAGCUCUGCCGCCUGUGUGUCCGGAAGUGUUUGGGUCGAGCAUGUCAUCAAACCAUCCACAAGCUACAUCUUCCAGAGCCACUGCAAAGAUUCCUCCUCUACCGGUAGUCCCAACUGUCCAUGGGAAGUUCUUGGAAAUAAUCAGGUUGUUGCCUGCUGUACCCGGGGUACCUAGUAUAGAUGCGCAACAGCUACACUCACAGUAUCUUCAAAUGAGCUAAGCCAGUUAGAGAGUAAAUUCCUGAUGAAUCGGUAUACUUGGGGAGUGAAAGCUCCUGGUUACUUUAAUGUUCUCAGAAACUUUUUUGUUUUUAGCUCUCAGUGUUAGGAAACUUUAAAAAACUGUUAGUGGAGUGAAAAUAAGUUAGUUUUGAAGACUCAUGAUCUUCAGUUAUCUAAGGGUCACCAUCCUGAAUAUCGUGCACAGACAUGUAAAUCUGGGUGAAUAAAACUAUGAUGAGUCUAAGUAUUCCAA